CGCAUAGAGAUUUUUCUGCUUGCUUUCCCUCCUUUUGGCUAUGAUGAUCAUUGCGUACUGAUUCAGAUUUCACACGCCUGAUUUUUCUUGAUAUCUUGGGUUUAAAUUUGCGCAAUCCGAACAUUUAAGAACGUCUGAUUCCGCGUGAAAUCCAAAUCUGUCAGACUUGUAUUUGCAACCAAAUCGUAGGGAAAUUGGUUGGAAUUUGUGGGAAUUGGCGGCGGAGGGCGACGGCGGUGUUGAUGAAAAUGGCGGCGAGAUCAACUGCGUCGUUGAUCAGGAAUGCUGUUCCCGCGACGGGAACAACUAUGAGAACAGCCGCCGCCGCGGCAGCUGCUACGGCGACAUCGUCGCCGUCAGUAUUCGCGAAUUACCCUCUGGUCUCUGCUCUCUUUGCCUUCGCCGUUGCCCAAUCCAUCAAGUUCUUCACCGUCUGGUACAAGGAACGGCGAUGGGAUCUGAAGCAACUUGUUGGGUCUGGUGGUAUGCCUUCAUCCCAUUCAGCAACUGUAACUGCUCUAGCUGUAGGUGUUGGUUUGCAGGAGGGAUUUGGGGGCUCACUUUUUGCUACUUCAUUGAUUUUAGCAUGUGUGGUGAUGUAUGAUGCUACAGGUGUAAGAUUACAAGCGGGACGCCAAGCAGAGGUUCUGAAUCAAAUUGUGUAUGAACUUCCCGCUGAGCAUCCUCUUGCCGAGAGCAGACCACUUCGCGAACUUCUGGGUCACACACCGCCUCAGGUCGUUGCAGGUGGAUUGUUGGGAGUUCUGACAGCUGCUAUUAUUCAUUUGAUUUCACAUUUUGGAACUCAGGCAUAAUAACCUACCUAUGAUCAUCAAAGCCGAUCGGAGUGGUGUUUCCAUUACACUGUGACCAUUCUUAUUUUGUGCAGAUCUCCAUCUUUACCUCUUGAAAUUUGGGGCGGCGGGUACAACUUACAAGUAGAAUUUGAUGAAAUGUGAAUACUGUAUAUGAUACCACUGAAACGAUGAUAUAUGAACUGUGAGGUUCGUUACAAUCAAUAUAUGAACUUUCCCAUU